CGAUGUUUCUUUGACGGAUAAAUUAUCCAAAUUUCAAAAAAGUCUAUUAUCAUUGACCUUAUGAUGAGCUCCAUUAUCGAUUCACUGAAAUUACGACGAUGUUUCUUUGAUGGAUAAAUUAUCCAAAUUUCAAAAAAGUCUAUCAUUGGGAUUAUCAUGAGCUCCACCAGCCAUGUGAGUGGUGCAAUGUGCAAGAAAGCCUCUCCGUUUACUUUAUUUGUGUAAAUGAACAGUUGCCAAUCAAGUUCACCACAAACAUUAUUUAACAAGUUUUGGACCCAUUGCAUCGAAGUUUCACAUUCACCCAAGGCUCAUGUGUUUUGGGUCUUUAAAUAAUAUAUUUAAGAAAGCCCAAGUCUAAAACAAUCUUUUAAGAUAUCAAAGCUUUCUAUCCACACCUCAUUGCCACAAAACUUCUCAACUCAUGACAAGGAGCUUCUCUCACACACUUUUGCCCCUUUGUAUAAAGCGCGCCAAAACCUCUGUUCUAUUCUAUCACACCAAAGCUGAAUUAACUACCAAAGACUCUUCUUCUCCCCCUCGCUUCUCGUAAUAUUUUAUUUUUGUCUACUUUGGCUGCAAAGAUGUUGGACAUAGCGUAUGAAUUGGUGGGACAAGCCACGUCGAACUCGCUUCUUAUGUUCUGUUUCUGCAACCUCAUCAUAGUCAUAAUCCUCACUGGAUCCUCAAAACCCGGUUCGAUGGAUUCUCAAGAUUACAACACUUUUACUUCCUCUGUGAGCUUCAACAACCUUGCUUCUGAAGAUCAUGAUUGUUGUGGUGAUGAUCAUGAUCAUGAAGAGAUGAUUGUCAUUGAUGUUCAAGAUGAGUCUCUGACCGAUCCCUCCAGCAUUCCAGACGAAUACGAGGACAAAGAAAGCUGCCAUUGUUGUCAUGAUGAUGAUGAUGAGGAGGAGGACGAGGAUGAUGAUGAUGAUGAUGAUGAGAGCAGUGAGGCUGAUGUUGAAGAAGAGGAAGAAGACGAUGAGUUAAGAAAAAGAGCAGAAGAGUUUAUAGCAAAAGUCAACAAUGAGUGGAAGCAUGAGAAGCUUAGAGCUUUGAACUUAGUUUAUUGAUUUUGAUAAAAAAUUUAAACCGUUAGACAUACUUUUUUUUUUUUUUUACCUUUGUGUAACUUUGUACCAUAGUUUUUUCUAAGGUUAAAUAAAGUGUGACAUUAUUUCUAUUUAUCAGUCCUAAUAAUUUCAUACAAACGGUAAUAAGUUUAACUUCUGUAUUUAGCCAACGGCCUUCGUUUAAACACCAUUAUUUUGUAACCACGCCAUACAGGUAUGAGCCGUUGCCUUUUUUUUCUUGUUCCUACAAAUUUUCCAGAGACGGAACAAAAUGAUCAUAAUCAUGGCUCUGUUCUGAUUGAUUUAAAUCUCCACAUUUUUUCUUCUUACAAGACAAUGAUGGAUCCGGAUAUGUUUGCAGAAGAUCCCUCCUUCAAUGAGAAAUUCGACAUUGAUUUCGAAUUCGACGCGCCUCGGUUCUAUGACUUCUCCAAACCGGAACUCGAUUCAGAAACAGAGCUUUGGUUUGAAUCAGCUGGAAACUAUCCUCCUUCACGUAAGAUCUCAAUCUUUUUUGAUAAUUUGAUGGAAAUUUUUGUUCUCUUGACAAUGAUUAUCCCUUUUAAUCUCAGCAUUUAGCCUUAAUCUGAGCUGUAUAUUCGACGAUAAACAUCUCAAGAUCCCCAAACCCGUCUCGGAUAAAUACAACGGUAUUAUACUUAAUUCCUCUGUUUUUUUGCUCUGUUUUCUUGCGACUCAAGGUUUUUAUAUGGUGAUUAGGGUUCAUUUAUUACAACCAAACUGCUAAUUAUCUUCCUAAGUCGACGCAAAAGUCUAAAAACAAACCUUUCUUACGAAAGAACUCGACUUUGACGAGACCCACUGCUUCUUUAUUGGCGAGACAGAACAAACCUCUUGACAUUUACUCUGUUCAGCUUCUCACAAGGUACUAUAACAUGUUUCCUCUUGAGGAGUCUUUUUUUUUUUCCCCUAGCUUCUAUCUAAUUUAAAAUGUUUUGUAGAUGUCAGAGAUCAUUAGGGAAACUCGAAGGCAAGAUCUCAUCCUCUGUUAUAUUAUCAAUGCCUCAAACACAAGAU